UUAUUUAUAAAAGAUCAUUAAAAUAUAAUGGCAUUCAUUGUUUUCAGUAGAUAUUAUUUAUCGUGCUAAUAAAUAUCACGCUGUUCUGCUAAAAACGAUGCAAACGGACGCAUGAUGAUGACAUCACACCUUUGACAUUGCAUGGAGCGUGAUAGAAAGCUCAUACAGAAUUCAUAGUCAUGGCUCUUGCAUAUCUGUCGAAGUCUCUCACCGGCCUCCAUGUUGGCUCAUCAUCUCGACUCCGUGUCAGGGAUUUUAGUGUCACUGCUGCUGCAGCAGCCAUUCAGAAGAUGACCAGGGUCCGUGUGGUUGACAACAGCUCUUUGGGAAACACAGCAUAUCAUCGUCCUCCUAGAGUGAUUCACGUCUACACCAAGACUGGUGUCGGGAAAGUGGGAGACAAAGUGCUGCUUGCCAUCAAAGGACAGAAGAAGAAAGCCCUUAUCGUUGGACAUAAAAUGCCUGGAGAUCGUAUGACUCCACGUUUUGAUUCAAACAAUGUUGUUCUGAUCGAAGAUAAUGGAAACCCUACUGGGACAAGGAUUAAGGUUCCUAUACCCACACAUCUUCGCAAACUGGAGGGAGAUUAUUCUAAAGUGUUGGCUAUUGCUAGUUCUUUUGUUUGACUUUUUCUAAAUUUUUCAUAGAUAUUUUUAAUUUUCUGUUUAAAAUUGGCAGAUAGGCAAAUUGUCUGAAGCAGUCUGCUGUAGGUUUAUGUAUGUGUAUGUGUAACAUGUUUGACUUUUACCAAGUCUUCCUAUGGUUACUGUAAACAUAAGCUCUUUUCUUAAUCCACGUGUUAUUGGUGCAGUCUGUUUAGACAAAUGUGGGUCAGGUUUAGGGUUGCAAAGGGCAGAAAAUUCAGGUGAACUUUUGAAAACUUUAAACCUUGAAAGUUUGCGGGAAAUGUUCUGCCUUAUGCAACCUUAAGCUGACUCAUUCAAGUUUCAGAAACAUUACACUUGGAAAUGCAAUUUGGAAAAUUGUUUUUGGUUUGGUUCAGGUUGGUUUACAAAAAGAAAGACCUUAUAUCACGAGUUAAAUAUUUAUUCAAGGCACAACAUACAUUCACAACACAGGAAAAGAGUGGCACAUUUUAACAUCUGCUAACAAUUUAGUAUUGUGUAUAAGGCAUUAAGUGUUAUUUCUGUAAUGUUCUGGUCAGAUCUCACUGAUUCCUUCAAAUAAAAUUGUGCAAAAAUAAAAA